GUCUCUUCAUUUCCUUCCCUUUCCCUAGCUAGUUCCUCCUCAUAUCUCCUCCGCUCCAGAAAAGAAUUUAAUUACUCGCUUUUUGGCCGGUCAUAUAUCGUACACAUCAGUAAUAUAUAUCAACAAUUCAUAUUGUUAUCAUGUCCUUCUUGCCCACUUGCUCAACUCGCGGUACGCUUAUCGAUAGGGUCUCUGACUGAAGAGAGCGAUGUCGAACUAGCUUGAGAGAGAAAGGAGUUGUGUGAAGACUGACGAGCAUCCACCCUCUCUAUAUAUAACUAUUUUGGUGAGUCUAGCUAGGGUUUUUAGUUUCUUCUACAGUUUAUGGCAAUACCAGUGACCAUGAGCAACGAUGAGGAGAAGAACAACAAGGGCGGCAGCGGUGAUGAUGAUGAUGAGCAUGAGCACGACAUGGUGAUGCCAGGGUUCCGCUUCCAUCCUACGGAGGAAGAGCUCGUGGAAUUCUACCUUCGCCGUAAGGUGGAGGGCAAGCGAUUCAAUGUCGAGCUCAUCACCUUCCUUGAUCUUUACCGAUACGACCCUUGGGAGCUUCCCGCAUUGGCAACCAUCGGAGAGAAGGAAUGGUACUUCUAUGUGCCGAGAGACCGCAAGUAUCGGAACGGGGAUCGGCCCAACCGCGUCACAACUUCCGGUUACUGGAAGGCGACUGGAGCUGACCGCAUGAUCCGAGGUGAAAAUUCCCGAUCAAUCGGGCUGAAGAAAACCCUAGUUUUCUAUUCCGGUAAAGCCCCCAAAGGUACCCGGACCAGUUGGAUCAUGAACGAAUACCGGUUGCCACAUCACGAGACUGAACGCUACCAAAAGGCAGAGAUAUCGUUAUGCCGAGUUUAUAAGAGACCUGGAGUGGAAGACUACUCCAAUUCUAGUUCCCACCACCUGCCACGAUCGCUUCCGACGACGAGGGCACCGUCUUCCUCUCGGGAUCGGGAGAGUAAUGACAACCGUCGUCACAAGCAACCAGCAGUAGAGCAUCAUUGCACGAUCAUUAGUAACUCAGACGCCGUACAGGGUUUUCAACCACUGUUGCCACCACCUCAUCAUCAUCAUGCAAUUGAUCAGAUAAACACUACUGUCGAAACUGAUCAUCUCCAUCAUCAUGGAGGAAGCAGCGGCCCCAGUGUCGCUUCAACAAUUAUGAUCACCACACUACGGUUAUGACUCCAGCCGGAGUCCCACUGCCAGUGGAAGCUCGCGAACACCAAGCACUGCCGACGGCUGCUUUAACUUACCAGCAGCUCGUACCAGCUUCUGCUGCUACUGUUGCUUUUGGAACAUUCUCGUCAUCCGGUGCGGUGACGAUGGCAGCGGCCUCAUCUUCAGCUGUGCUGCAGGAUGAUCUGCACCGACUGGUGAACUAUCAUAACCAAUUUUCCUACGCUACUCAUCAACAUCACCAUCCGAGCUCUUCUCAUCAGCUCUCUGCCCUGCUGAUGCCCCCACAGCAACAGCCACAGCAAUUGGGAGUCAGCAGCAGCACAACCCAGCAGCUCUCAGUGGCCACCGCCGCCGCCACCUUAACGGACAGAGUAGUUUGGGAUUGGAGUCCUAUCGUGCCGAACCCAGACUACAAUCCUGACAAUCCCAACAGCAAUCCAUUCAAAUAAGUAGCAACGUGUUAUUGUUAGCUAGCUUCGUAUAUACAUAUAUUUAUAUCUGUGAUUGAUCAAUGCAUGAUGCACCCUAAUGUGAACUUGAUCAGUAUAUUAAGCAACACUUGUUUAGUAACUAAUUGAACAUUAAUUGUUGCCGCUGCAAGUUUGCAGCUUAAUUUAAUUAGUUUUUGGGGAAUUGCAUGGUACCUAGCUAGCUAGGUUUUCUGAUGUAUGUGCUUCCUAAUUAAAGGGGUUUGA